AUGAAAGACGGAAUAACUGUAGAUGUAGUAAGAGGGGAACCGAUAAAAGUUCCAUUAUUGGAAGAAUAUUUAUCACCAGCGACUAAACUGCAACUGAAUCAUCAAAAGGAAAAGCGAGACGUUUUGACGAGUAGAAUUUGGGUCGAAUCAAAGAAAUUAUGGUAUAUUGCUGGUCCAGUUAUCAUCAGUCGUGUAGCUUCUUACUCUACGUUCGUGAUCACUCAAGCUUUUGCUGGUCAUUUUGGGAACCUUGAGCUUGCUGCAAUUUUCCUUUCCCUUACGGUUAUCGUUGGUUUUAGCUUCGGCUUAUUGUUGGCAAUGGCGAGUGCAUUAGAGACAUUGUGUGGUCAAGCUUACGGAGCUAAACGACACCAUAUGUUAGAAAUUUACAUGCAGCGUUCAUGGGUUGUUUUGACUAUCUUUGCGAUGUUACUUCUACCACUUUACAUAUUUACUACACCAAUUCUUAAGCUCUUGGGACAACCAGAUGAUCUAGCUGAGCUAUCGGGAUUAGUCACAAUCUGGUUGAUUCCAAUUCCUUUUGCCCUUGCUUUAGAAUUUCCUUUACAAAAAUUUCUCCAGUGCCAACUUAAGACACCUAUAAUUGCUUGGGUAAGUUUGAGUGCCCUACUGGUUCAUAUUUUCCUCAACUGGUUAGUCAUUCACAAACUUGGUUUUGGUGUUAUUGGAGCUGUUGCUAUAUCGAAUGUCUCGUGGUGGAUCUCAGUUUUGGGAUUGCAUUCUUACAUUGUUUGUGGUGGUUGCCCUGAAACUUGGACUGGUUUUUCUAUGGAAGCUUUUUGUGGCAUUUGGGAGUUUUUUAAACUCUCUUUGGCUUCUGGCGUCAUGUUAUGCGUGGAGAAUUGGUACUACAAAAUACUGAUUUUGAUGACAGGGAACAUGCACAAUGCUACAGUUGCGGUCUCAGCGCUUACUGUCUGUAUGAGCAUAAAUGGAUUGGAGGUGAUGAUUCCACUUGCUUUCCUCGGAGCAACUGGAGUAAGGGUUUCAAACGAGCUUGGAGCGGGGAAUGGAAAUGCUGCCAAAUUUGCUUCCACAGUUUCAGCGAUAACGUCUUUGUUAAUAGGGAUUUGUUUUUGUACCCUGAUAAUGAUUUUUCAUGAGAAGUUGGCAAUCAUUUUCACCUCGAGUAGCAUCGUACUCCAAGCAAUUAAUAACCUUGUGUUCCUUUUGGCUUUCACAAUUCUCCUAAACAGCAUUCAACCUGUUCUCUCAGGAGUUGCCGUUGGCUUAGGAUGGCAAACUUCGAUAGCUUACAUUAACCUCGGCUGCUAUUAUAUCGUCGGACUUCCACUUGCAGUUACCCUUGGAUGGGUUUUCCAUCUUGGUGUUCGAGGUAUGUGGUGUGGGAUGAUAGGUGGGACUGCUAUUCAGACAUUGACACUGAUCAUAAUCAUCAUUAGAUGUGAUUGGGAUAUGCAGGCUCAAAAGGCAAGCUCGCGGAUGAAUAUACUGUCAAAUCCAUCUGCCAAUCAAUUUAAGCAGUGUUGCUAAUUCAGCCAAACUGGACCACCUUAUUAAAAUCAUUGUUGCAGCUGAAGGUUGGCCGCUUAUCUACUAUGUAACUGUAAUAUUUAUUGGAAUCAUAAUAAGCUGCCCAAAAAAUCUUGCCAUCAGCAUCUAGCUCACUCUGGCGAUCGCUGUAAUGUAAUAUGCAGCAGCAUCAUUAUUACAUAAAUG